GAGGGAGAACGAAGAGGAAGGCAUGGUGGGAUGGGACUGCAGAAGGAGAGAAGAAAAGGAGAGACAGGUAGGACAGAGGGAAUACAGGAAGAAAUAGGUGGGAAUUAUAGCAAAAGACGCAUGUAGGAGAUCAGGUAUGGGACAGAGAAGGACUAAGGUACAGGUUGAAAGUCAAAGUUAAGUCUAAGGAUAGGCAUGUUGAAGUGGACAGUUUGAGACCGAGGUGUUUUUAAAGUGCAUAUAGAGAAGAGGGGGGGUGGGGGGGGUGCAGCGUGAUCGUGUGCUGUAUCCUCCCCUCUGUCCCCGUAGCCAAGCUGAACGCCAGCCAGGAAAAGGGGAAGGGCCUCCCGUCUCCCUCCUUUUCCAGCUGACAAAAACAGCUGCCCAGGAGCUGGAGCUGGAGAACAGAGCCUGUUUAGAGAGAGAGAGGACGGGUGGGGAGGAGGACAGGGAGAAAGAGGAGGGGGGAGGAAACAAAAACCCAGUCCCAGAGUCCAGGACCUGUACACCUAUAUGGGUUGCGUCUUAAGUUCGGACUGGUGCGGGGAGGAAGAGGUGCAGCAGCCGGUGGCCGUGGUCAGGAACUCAUCCUUGAAGAGAAGGAGUCUGGACCGGAGUGACAGCGGCAGAAUGAGGCUCACAAAGGCAGGUAAAGGAGAACCCCAUGUCUUCAAGGAAAAGACUUUCAAGAAAAAGCGCCAGUGCAGCGUUUGCCGUCAGAACGUGGACAACGUGGGCUCCUUCUGCAGAGUAUGCAAGACAGCUACCCACAGGAAGUGUGAAGCCAAGGUCACCUCUUCAUGUAUCCCAGCUCCCUCCAAUGAUCUGCAGAGAAGAGGGACCGCUCCUUCUCGACACAUCCAGCAUCUGGGGUCUACCAAGUCUCUGACCUAUACCAAACAGAGGAACACCCUGCCAAGGAGCUUCAGUGUGGACCGGGUGAUGGAACGAGUAAUGGAGCGUCACUACGACUUCGACCUGACUUACAUCACCGAGAGGAUCAUCUCUGUCUUCUUCCCCCCUAAGCUGGAGGAGCAGCGAUACAGGCUUAACUUAAAGGAGGUGGCAGCCAUGCUCAAGUCCAAACACCAGGACAAGUUUCUGCUCCUGAACCUCUCUGAACGGCGCCACGACAUCACCCGCCUCAAUCCAAAGGUUCAUGACUUCGGUUGGCCCGACCUCCAUGCGCCGCCUCUAGACAAGAUCUGUGCCAUAUGUAAGGCUAUGGAGAUGUGGCUGACCUCUGACCCCCAGCAUGUGGUUGUCCUGCACUGCAAGGGGCACAAAGGUAAAACCGGAGUGAUCAUUGCAGCCUACAUGCACUACAGCAAGAUAUCUGCAGGGGCGGACCAGGCUCUCAGUACUCUUGCCAUGAGGAAGUUCUGUGAAGAUAAGGUGUCCUCUUCUCUCCAGCCAUCCCAAAACAGGUAUAUUUAUUACUUUGGGGGCCUUCUCUCCGGGGCCAUCAAGAUGAACAGUAGCCCGCUCUUUCUCCACCAAGUUCUCAUUCCAUCACUUCCCAAUUUCCAGGGUGAAGGAGGCUACUACCCCUUCGUGAAGAUCUACCAGUCUAUGCAGCUGGUCUACACUUCAGGCAUUUACAACCUUCAGGGCACCGGAGGAAGGCGUCUGUGUGUGACCGUUGAACCAGCACUGUUGCUAAAGGGUGACAUCAUGGUCAAAUGCUACCACAGACGGGCCCAAAGUGCUGACAGAGACACUGUGUUCAGGCUGCAGUUCCACACCUGCACCAUCCACGGCUCCCAGCUCUGGUUUGGCAAAGGAGAGCUGGACCAAGCUUGUACUGAUGAACGUUUUCCAUCUGAUGCAACAGUGGAGUUUGUCUUCUCCUCUGGGCCUGAGAAGAUCAAAGGCCGUGAGUACCAGAAGAACGAUUCAGCUGUUACAGUCGACUACAACACUGCAGACCCGGUGGUCCGCUGGGACUCCUACGAGAACUUUAACCAGCGGUAUCAGGACAGUCUGGAAGAUAUUGCCCACACCAGGGGUCCUGUCGAUGGCAGCCUUUAUGCUCAGAUAAAGAAGCGCAGAGGUCCCGGCUCAGGUUCUCUCAGUUCAACCAAUGGCAGCAGUCCAGGGCCUGGCAUUGUAGAAGACAGACCCAAUCAUCUCAUCACUCAAGGUUCUGACUCUGGCCUCUCCGCCCACUCCAGCCAUUUCAAUCAACCAUCUGUCCACCCUGACCGCCAGGAGGAGCCCAUUCAUCCUCCACCUCCAACCAGACAAGAGCAAGAGGAGCUGGAGCGCCUCCUCGGUGGCAUUGAGGGACACCAAGACGGAGAGCGAGAGACGGCCAUCUUGGAUGACGGUGAUUCCUUACCUUCAGAGCGAACCGGAACGCUGAGGCUCAGUCGGUCGUGUUCCUGUCGGGAUGGGUACCGAUCCCAGCGCUGCGCCGAGCCGGGCUGCGACCGUACGCUCCUCAUGCCCAACGGCUACUGCCUCGAUCGGGCUCCCGGCACCAAUGGGCACCAUGGCGCGACCCCCUCCGCCAGCCCCAACUCAGCCGCUCCUCCAUCACACAUGGAUCUGUGCCAGCACUACAGCCCACACCCACACCAGUCCCUCCCACCACCAGACCUGGUGUGGGAUAGGCAGAGUGGGCCGCCGCAUUACCUACACCGCUCCUGCUCAGAGGCUCCGUCAUCUCGCCAUAUGUACCCCUACCCAUCCCCAGAUCUGACCCCUCACCCUCACAACCACCCACUGCACCAUCCUCUGUCUGCACCAGGUCGCAUCUGCUGCAGAGACGACGACUACCCUCCCUAUCACCACCCUCCUCCACCUCACAGCCACCAUCCUCACCCACACCACACUAAACCCUCCACCAGUCCCACCUACCAUGACAUAAUGCUCAUGGACGGUCUGCCCCCGGCCGGCUGCCCCUGUAGGGACUGCAGCAUCCGCAGAGAGGACUCAGCCGCCUACCACGCUCUGAGACUGGAAAGAGCUGAAAGUUUCCAUUGGGACAGAGAUGCAGAGCUUCAGCAGCGGGAGGUGGGGCUUAGGAGGGCCCGGGAGGCGGAGUUACCACAUGGAUCUGAGCUUCAUUGGGAGAGGGAUCCCGGGUUGAGGCGAGGCAGGGAGCUGUCCCUCCACUGGGAGCGGGACAGGGAGGCUGAGCUGCAGUGGGAGAGGGAGAGGGAGGCUGACUAUUGGCACAGGAGGGCCACCGUAGCCUCUUAUGGCCCACAGGGUCACGACCUACCAGCCUUUACCUUUGAUCCCUUGCCAUCUGGACACCCGGCUUACCCAGAGGCGUCGAGGUCCCACGCACACUCGCACCUGGACCUGAAGUACAGCAGCAGCAGCAGCGGUUACCAGACGCCCCGGCAGGUGUGCCCUUGUUCACCGUAUCAGCCGUCCCCAUCCGAGAGCAGGGGCUAUGCCUCAGGAUACCAGUCUGAGUCCACGUCCCCUUUGCCACCCCCUUCCUCCAUGACGGGCACCUGCAGCCACGGCAACAGGCCAAUAGAGCACAACCACCACCACCACCACCACCACGCAGACUUGCAGCAGUCAUAUGGCUCUGACUCACACACUGAUGGCCUUCGUAGUUCUGGUGAAAGUGUAGGCUGGAGGGACCACAUUACCCAUGGUUCUUUCAAGAGGGUUCACAGAGAUGGUCACGCUGCUUGUUCUACACCGUCUGACAUGUCCGGACCACCUACACCUGUCCACACCAGCAGCCCUCUACGCACCCAGGAAAGUCCCAGUCCAGGUGGGAGGGACUAUGAGAUCCGGACUACAGACAUCAUCAGCAGUGACUAUGAGGGUCCACAGCCUCAGAACGGACAUUGCCAUGUUGAUAACAUUGUCCAGGAUUCUUCAGAUUCCCAAAGAAGCGGCACAGAAUCCUCAUCCAUCUCCCAAACUACGAAGGACACACAGUCACCGACACCAACUGCAUCUGCACAAACAGAAACCCAGAACCAGUGCACCGCUCCAACCGAACUGUCCUCAGCUUCUGCUCAGCAGCACUGCAGCUCCGCAGUGGACCCAAACACACAGAACCCAAACCCCACGGCUCCUGACUCUAUGACGCUGAGCACACCAACCCAGAGCCCCUCCCCCAUCCAAGCUUCACCUGCACCAAACACAUGCCCCCAACCCACCCCGGUCCCUCUUCACCCCUCAGAGGCUGCUGCUCUACCUUCUACUGCAGCCCAAGCAGUGUCACAGCCUCAGAACCAGACCCAGAACCACACAGGACUCACCUCGGUACAGGCCGGUGGAUCCUCUCCAACUAGGGAAUCUCACCUUGAAGCGCAGAAACCCGCUACGCCCACCAGCCCUACGUCUCCUGCCUCAGUUUCAUCCUACGUCCAACCUCCGUCCGUCAGUAUGGAGGGGUCUCCGGUCUCUGACAGCCCUGUUCCAGGCUUUGCCACCCUGGGCAGGAGGUUAAUGCUCAGCGGGUCUGACCCCCAUCAUCCAAACCACAUCCAGCCGCAGCCGCAGGGACCCGCACAUCAAACUCUGGACACUAAUAAGAGGCACUGCUACCCCACUCAUGGCCCACAACUGCACCCAUCCCACUCCAACUACUCCACCAUCACAAUCCCCCUCCCCCACCCACAGCCUCCACUACCUGAGAAGCGCCACCCGCCUUCUCAGUCACUCAGUGACGGUGUGGGGGCACAGAGGCCAGCGACUGGCCAAGCGCCUCCGUCCUCCUCUGCCAACCAGCAUCAGCACCACGUCACAUUCUCUCCCACUGUGGGGGAAAUUGCACCAUCGGUUGGUCAGAGUGAAGUUGUGGCGUCUGUGGACACUGAGAACAGGGUCAGCGUGAAGUUUGUCCAGGACAGUUCAAAGUUCUGGUACAAGUCUGGCAUCUCCAGAGAGCAGGCAAUCACAGCAUUAAAGGAGCGAGAGCCUGGGACUUUCCUGAUCCGGGACAGUAACUCCUUCCAGGGGGCUUAUGGUCUGGCCCUGAAGGUGGCGACACCUCCCCCCAACGUCAACAACCACAGCGGCAAAGUGAGCGACCCUCUGGAACAGUUGGUCAGACACUUCCUGAUAGAAACAGGCCCUCGAGGAGUGAAGAUCAAAGGCUGUCAGAAUGAGCCCUACUUUGGGAGUCUGUCUGCCUUAGUCUACCAGCACUCCAUCACACCCAUCUCUUUACCCUGCGCCCUGAAGAUCCCAGAGAAAGAUCUGAUUGGAGAGGUGACGGAGGUUCAACCAGUGAGUCACAUCAGCACCGCCGCCGACCUCCUCAAACAAGGAGCUGCUUGUAACGUUCUCUACCUGAACUCGGUGGAAACUGAGUCUCUGACCGGCCCUCAGGCCAUCGCCAAGGCAACAGAUGCCACUCUGGGCCGAAACCCCCGCCCCGCCGCCACCGUCGUCCAGUUCAAGGUGACGUCACAGGGCAUCACGCUGACCGACAGCCAGCGCAGAGUUUUCUUCAGAAGGCAUUACCCCGUGAACAGUGUAACCUUCAGCAGCAUCGACCCUAAAGACAGGAGGUGGACUAACUCAGACAACACCACUGUUAAGGUGUUCGGAUUUGUCGCUAAAAAGCCAGGCAGUUUAGCGGAGAACGUCUGCCACCUGUUUGCCGAGCUGGACCCCGAACAGCCUGCACCCGCCAUCGUCAACUUCAUCAACAAGGUGAUGCUGUCACAGCGGCGGUAGAUGGCCUCCAAAACAGAGAAAACCAACCUGCGAGCAGACACACAGUGCCAUGCAGCGUAUCCUGUGACAGUGCAAAGGCAUCUGUGUUCAUAAUGAGCCUUUGUGUUGUAUCAGUGCUUGUGUUUUCCUGGAACACACAUGGGCUCUUCGUCCAAUAGUGGUAAUAGAAACAGGCGGAAGUGUGUGUUUUAAGAACCUGAAAUGUUGACACUUCCUCCAGGAAGCUGCAGUAGAGUGACCACAACACUCACAUUAAACAAACCCUGGAAAUUCUGCACAAACUUACAAUUUUAUCUGAUCACUGCAGAUUUUCUGUCAAGUUUCACCAUACGUCACCAAAAAGACAGAACAGCGUUUCCUAUUAGUAGUGAUUUUUAUCUGUUAGUUUUUGUGCUUGGCAGAAUUUUUUCAUUGACAAAUAAAAAAGGUUUUGUUAGAAUAUGUGUAAACCUGAGACGCCGUCAGUCACUGAUGGCUACUGAUGGGCAGUUUUUCACUUCAAUAACAGUUGUCCCUUUUCCUAAAGCCAUUCCUCCAGUUAUGUAAUGGUGUUUUCACAAUUUACCAGCAGCUUUUCUAAAAAAAAACCAAAAAAAACAAAACAAGAAAAAAAAUACUUGGAGUGAAUUAAGUAAAAACUACCUCCAACUCCCAGAAACAAUUACUA